AUGUCGUCCAGCAGGGACAAUUCGUCCCCGCGUCCGAGUCCUCUCCGGACAUCGAGGUCCUUUACCCGUCUCGAUCCUCCUUCCACGCCGACAGACCUGACGCGCCCCAAGAGAGCGAGCACGAUCCAGUCCCCAGUCAAAGAUACAUCCGAGAUGCCCGACACCUUCGAAAGCAGAGUCAGCUUGGACAUAGAGCCCCCGAGGUCGUCCAUCGAUCUGGAAGGGCUCCCAAUCGAGUUGGUUGCCCUGACGGACAGCUUCAUCGACGGGCUAGUUGCAAAGGUGCACCCAACACCGCCCAACAUCGAUUCUCUCUCUCAGCGGUUCCAGGAUUUCUAUUCUACCGCCGCGUCCCAUAUCCAAACCCAUAUCGACAGUCUAGCCACUCGACAGAAACGCGAUGACUUUGCAGCCUCUUCCUCGGGCACGCGCCAGUCCGCCGCCAGUAUACUACGGCAAAAGGCUUCUCAGCUUAGCAGUAGCAGCAAGGAAAAGCUAAAAGCGGGACUUACAAGACGGGAAUCCGAAAUGCUUACCCCGGAGGAAUAUGCCGAACGAAGAAAGGCGAGAAAAGCUUUGGAGCAGCAGCGGAUAUUAUUGGAGGAAGCUGUAGAGAGAAGGCUCUGCGAAGGCAUCUACGGAAGGAUUUACCGCCAUCACACCACGCAGGACGAAGCGCAGGAUGACAAACUCCGGUCAAAAACGGCCGCUUUGGCCGUGGUGGGCAUUGGCCCCAGCGAUCUGGGAGUGGACAUUGGAGACAUAGACAAAAGCGACCCGGAAGCCGUUGCCAAGAGGACGGAAGAGGUCAAGGACUGGCUGGAAGGGGCGAGGAAGGAGCUGGUACUUAUGAACCAGUCGCGAUAUCCCCUGGGCAAGCUCAACCAUCUCAAGGCGGCGCAUAAAGCCAUCAUCGACACUCUCUCACACUUCCACCCUUCCUCGUCCGCAGACGAGCUCAUGCCGAUGCUCAUCUUCACACUCAUCACUCUCCCACCCGACAACCUCAACGUCAUAAGCGACGUCAACUUCAUCCAACGCUUCCGCUGGGAGCCAAAGUUAGUGGGCGAGUCAUCUUACUGCCUCACUUGUCUCGAAGCCGCCAUUAGCUUCCUCGAAACCGUCGACCUAUCCACUCUCCGCGCCGACGAAGCUCCCACCGGGCCAGCCAAGACACCUACCGGCUCCUCGCUACCUCGAGCGGAGACAUUCCCUCCCGCCUACUCAGCCGGAGUCUCUUCUUCCACCCCCAGCCCAUCUUCCGAGUCCAACAACAACCGCCUUCAGCCUCCCCUCUCCCGCCACGCCGUGCGGCUGCGUGAUCGCCGGCUUAGUGAUCUGGUGACGCAGCCGGCACAGGCCUUCAACGCUGCCAGUGACACCAUCUUUACAACGGCCGAUCAGAGCCUAAAGACCAUCGGUAUCAGUCUGGGUGACAGCUACAAGUUCCUUGUCGGCAAGCUGCGCGAGCACCAGGAGGCCAUCGUGCCCAAGACGCUCGAGGAUGCGCGCAAGCUGAUCGGAACACCGCCGCCUGCUCUUGAAGAUGACGGUAAUUCCAUGGCGGGGAGCUUGGGCGUGAGGAGCGCCGCCAGCUCGGUGCACACCCCUGACGAGGGUCUGCAUCCGCUGAAGCGAUCCAACACCCCUAGUAGGACGACAGAGGACAGGGUGUUGAGCAUCAUUGGCGGGCGGAAGGCGUCAUCAACAACAAGGGAUAACAGUGUUGACAGCGCGAGCACGACCAGGAGUGUUUCGGGAUCGGGGAAACGGCUAACAGUGGAAGAGAGGGCGGCGGCGGCCGUGGCUGCUGGGUUGAGCGGUAGCGGUGGGUCAUCAAAGGAAUUAAAGGAAGGAAGUACGAGUACGACUGCGACCGCAACAACCCCGACACCAACUUCGGCAUCGGCACCUCCGGCUUCGUCAAACCCGGCGCUCAUUGAUUCUGUGAGGAAUCUGGGUAGCUCGUUGAAUCCAAUGGCGAGGUUCUCACAGGGUAUCAGCGGAUUGAGGAGCUUUGGCAGGACGACACCAUCUACACCUUCAACACCGGCGGCCCCUCCGCCAGUAGCCAAGGAUAAGGAGCUGUCGCCUGUGCCGCCGGUUCCGGGGAAGGGCACGCCAGUGGCGGAUGGGGGCCUUCCCCGACCUACCCCCGCUUUACCACCAAAAGAAACGCCCAAGGUCGAGCCGCCCAUUAAGCGGUUCAUGGAGAUUGAGAACCCGGCGGAUUUGAGGAUAGGGGAGGUGUUGGAUUUGUUGAGGGAUUAUAGAAGGCUGGCGGGGGCGCUGAAAGAUGCGGGUGCUUUUAAGGAGUAG